AAUUCGUCGGCACUCAGGUGAAAAUGUCGGCCAUCGCAGUUUGUUUGCUGCUUGCGUUGACACACAUUUCCGCUGGAUCAGAGAGUAUUGACGAGCUUUUGAAAAAAUAUCCCACUUGGUCGUUUGAAGUGGAGAGUGUUGAGACUUCCAUUAAGUACACUUUGCAUGAACUCUCAUUGAAAGGACAAAACCAUGGAGUGACGGAGGAAAUCCUGAGAGAAAAAGUAAGACGAAGUUUGGCUCCAGGAGCUACCCACAUCGUGAGGAAAAUCGGUGACCCGAAAUGGGAAUCCGAUCCGGAAAAAUUUCCAAGCUCCUUCGACGCGAGAGAACACUGGAAAGACUGCGCCUCAUUGAUCAGUUAUGUUGAAGACGAAGGCCCGUGUCGCACAGAUACUAACGCUGUAAUUGCAUCCAUCUUGUCGGAUCGGUACUGUAUUUACACGAAUGGUACUUUCAAGGAAAGACUGUCGCAGGAAACGCUGUUGGGUUGUAGCGGAUUAUGCACUGUUGAACCUUACCAAUGGUUGUCUUGGAUUUACGCCACGGAAGUUGGCGUUCCUACCGGUGGAGCUCAUGGGUCAGGGAAGGGUUGUGUGCCUUUCACCUAUCCUGCUUGUGAUCACACCUCUUGGUACAAUGAAAAGGGUCUUGGCAAAAAAAGAAUGAACCCAUGCAAGGGGCAACUAAUAUUCGAUCACGAUUGUCCUACGAAAUGCACAAACGAAAAAUACAAAAAAUCUCUCGAUAAGGAUCGAAAAAAAUUGACAGCGCACUACAGAUUAUCAAGGAACGAAUUUAGUAUUCGCAAUGAAAUUUUGACCUAUGGUCCAGUCAUGACAAGUGUAAUGAUGUAUGAUGAUUUUUUGGAAAAACCAGAUGGAAUUUUCCAGAACAAGAAGGAUAGAAGGUUUCUCAUUUUAGACAAGUUCAUUAAGAUCAUCGGCUGGGGUGAGGAAAAAGGAAUCAAAUAUUGGCUCUGCAUGAAUACUUGGGACUCUUGGGGUGAUAAAGUUUUCAAAAUACCGCGAGGUGUCGAUUAUAAUCUUAUCGAAUACCUUCAGACUACAGGUGCUUAUGAAGAUUUAGACCUGUAGUGCUGUCCAAUAGUAAAAUGUUUAUUUAAGAUAACAGGGACGAAUUUUGGAGAAAAAAAGAUGAUCAUGAUUGUAAACUCACCAUAUUUUGCACGCAAAAUACCUUUAGAUUUCUGAAUUAAUAUCUGUUGAAACUUGGUGAAACAUGUAAUGUCCACAGUAAAAGUUUUCAAAGAUUUUGUGCGUCAUUAUAAACAUUAUCGGAAUCUUAUAGUAAAAUGAAGAAUAACUGUC